AUGUCUCAAAUAUUUUCUUUCUAUCUAUCUAUCUAUCUAUCUAUCUAUCUAUCUAUCUACGAGGCUGGCGUCCCUAAAUUGGCUUCUCGCCUUGCUUGGGGUGAAACGCUUAAAAAAAAUCUAUCUAUCUAUCUAUCUAUAUAUCUAUCUAUCUAUCUAUCUAUUAGUCAUUCCGCUAUUUUUUCUGUCAUUUUUUUUUCUUAUUUUCUCACACUUUCUCUCCCUCUCUCACUUUCUCUUUCUCACUUAUUCUCUCUCUCACUUUCUCUCGCCCUUUCAGUUUCUCUCUCUCAUUUUCUCUCUCUCACUUUCUCUCGCCCUUUCAGUUUCUCUCUCUCACACUUUCUCUCUCCCUUUCAGUUUCUCUCUCUCUCUCUCAUUUUCUCUCUCUCUCUUUUUCUCUCUCUCACUUUCUCUCGCCCUUUCAGUUUGUCUCUCUCUCUCUCACUUAUUCUCUCUCUCACUUAUUCUCUCUCACUUUCUCUCGCCCUUUCAGUUUUCUCUCUCUCUCUCUCACUUAAUCUUUCUCUCACUUUCUCUUGCCCUUUCAUUUUGUCUCUCUCUCUCACUUUCUCUCUCUCACUUAUUCUCUCUUUCACUUUCUCUCGCCCUUUCAGUUUGUCUCUCUCUCUCUUAUUCUCUUUCACUUUCUCUUGCCUUUCAGUUUUUCUCUCUCUCUCUCACUUAUUCUCUCUCACUUUCUCUUGCCCUUUCAGUUUGUUUGUCUCUUUUCUCUCACUUUUUCUCUCGCCCUUUAGUUUUCUCUCUCUUCACUUUUCUCUCUUUCCUUUCAGUUUCUCUCUCUCAUUUAUUUUCUUUCUCACUUUCUCUCGCUGUUUCAUUUUGUCUCUCUCUCUCAUUUUCUCUCUCUCACUUUCUCUCGCCCUUUCAGUUUGUCUCUCUCUCACUUAUUCUCUCUCACUUUCUCUUGCCCUUUCAGUUUCUCUCGCUAUCUCACUUUCUCUCUCUCACUUAUUCUCUCUCUCACUUUCUCUUGUCCUUUCAGUUUGUCUCUCUCCCUUUCAUUUUCUCCCCUCUCUCACCCCUUUCAGUUUGUCUCUCUCUCUCACUUAUUUUCUCUCUCACAUUCUCUCUCUCACUUUCUCUCGCCCUUUCAGUUUUCUCUCUCUAUCUCUCUCUCUCUCUCACUUUUUCUCUCAUUCAUUCUCCAUAUCUCCCUAUUUCUAUAUACUACCUGAAUGGGACACAUUUAUGAUUUAA